AAAUAUCCAAGGAACAGGAAUAUCAGCUCCUACCUUGCUGCUGGCUUUCUCAAAAUUUCCUGAACAAGAGAGUCAAGAUAUUUCCCAAGCAGCUGAACGAAUGGAAAUGUCAAUUCGAAUACUGAAACAAAAGGUUUGCCAGAAGCGCAAACGCUCAUUGCAUCCAACUGAUCUCCUAUCAGCUGAUCUGCUCACUACAAUUGCUAAUAUUUCUGGAUGUCUGCCUUAUAUGUUGCCACCAAAAUGUCCAAACAAUUGCAUAGCUAAUAAAUACCGACUCAUCACUGGUGCCUGCAAUAACAGGGAAUAUCCUAGAUGGGGAGCAUCUAACACUGCCUUGGCUAGGUGGCUUCCACCAGCCUAUGAAGAUGAGCUCAGCCAACCUCGAGGAUGGGAUCCCAGCAUCCGAUACAAUGGAGUCCAGCUACCCUUGGUUCGUGAAGUGACAAAAACAAUUAUUCAUGCAUCUAAUGAGGCUGUUACUGAAGACAACGUGUAUUCUGAUAUUAUUAUGGUAUGGGGACAGUACAUAGACCAUGACAUUGCAUUCACACCCCAAAGCACAAGUAGAACCACUUUCCUGAAUGGAAUGGAGUGCCAGAUGACAUGUGAAAAACAAAAUCCAUGUUUUCCAAUAAAGGUGACCACCAAUGAUACGUUAUCUACAGGGAUGGAUUGCCUGCCCUUCUACCGCUCAUCUCCUGCAUGUGGCACUGGUGAUCAUAGUAUUCUCUUUGGAAAUCUAUCUGCACUAAAUCCAAGACAGCAGAUCAAUGGCUUAACUUCUUUCCUUGAUGCUUCUACUGUUUAUGGCAGUACCCCUGCUGUUGAAAACAAACUGAGGAAUUUAACAAGCAAAGAAGGCCUUCUUAGAGUAAAUGUUAAAUAUUAUGAUAACCAUCGGGAAUACCUGCCUUUUACAGACCAGAUCCCAUCACCUUGUGCUCAAGACUUGAAUGCAAGUAAAGGUGAGAGGAUUGAAUGCUUUAUGGCUGGGGACAGCCGCUCCAGUGAGGUCACAUCUCUGGCAGCUAUGCACACACUGUGGCUGAGAGAGCACAACCGCAUGGCCCGAGCCCUCAGAAACAUCAAUGGCCACUGGAGUUCUGAGACGGUCUACCAAGAAGCACGAAAAAUUGUCGGUGCUCUGCAUCAG